AUGGGCCAGAGCCAGAACGGUGCGCCGGCGGUCGCCCCGCGGCAGGGCUACGGGCCGGGAUCAGGAGCCAGCGGCGUGGGCGCGGCAGGCUCGCCGCGGCCGCAGUUUGGCGGCGCGGCGCCGUCGGGCUACACGGGCUUCUCAUCUCCGAGCUCGACCGGUGGAUACGGCGGCGGAUCCGGAUACGGAGGCGGGUACGGUGGGUACUCACAGCCGUCGGCGAUGACGUACAGCUCGUUCUCAGGCCCGACGACCCGGCACGAGGUUGAGCUCUCUGCGUGUCCGGUGCGCGCCGUGACGGUCUUCCCUGAUCGCGCACGGGUCCGCCGUGCCAUCUCUGUUCCGUUCACCGAGUCGGGCAAGCACGAGAUCGUGGUGACCGGCCUCGCGUCGCACGUGGAUCCCAAGUCGUUCAAGGUCACCAACUGCCCGCUGCACAUCAUCGAGACCCACUACGCGCAGUCGUCCAAGCUCCGCGUCUCCGAGUCGCCCAACGUCGACAAGCAGCGCCACGAGCUCGACCAGCUCAACGCGCUGCGGCACAAGUUCCUUGAGGCUGGCGAGCGCCUGGAGAAGGAGCUCGCGCUCAUCGAGCAGUUUGCCAAAAAGUACACCCGGACCGACGCGACGGCCACACCCGACGCCAUGACCCGCGAGUCGCUCGAGGCCUUUGACGCCUUUCUGGAGCUCUACCACCGCCGUCUGGAGGAGCACGACCGCAAGCGGACCGAGCUCAAGCUCAAGAUCGACGACGUCGACCGCCGCAUCCACUCGCUCAUGGACGCCAUGGACGCGCAGUACUCGGAGACACUCGACGUGACACGGACGUUUACCAUCGUCCUCGGCUCGCACUCGACUGGCCAAGUCUCGCUCGACUUUUCGUAUGCCACCUCGCGCGCGUGGUGGACGCCGUCGUACGACGUCCGCAUCUCGCCGCAGCAGCAGACGAUGGCCGCGCCCGGCGGCGUCCGCGUCCCGCUCCACUUUCACGGCAUUGUCGAGCAGCACACUGGCGAGGAGUGGGCUGACGUCGCCCUGGUCCUCUCCACUGCCAAGAAGACCUCGGGCGACAUCCCGGCCAUGGCGCCCAACGUGCUCCGCGCCGCCGCACCCGGCCCCUCGUCGCCGGUUGAUCUCGCGGCCGGCAUCGGCGCCUCUUCGUCUCCUAGCCCGCAUGGCUCCGGCUCGCCAGCGCCGCUGGCUUCGACGUCGGCGUCGGACUCGGCCGCUGCGCCCGACGGCUCGGACGGCGCUGCUGCCUCGUCUGCCGCCCGGCGCGCCCGCCGCCGCCGCAAGCGCCACCACAAGCGCGUUGCCUCGCCGUCGGGCGCCGACUCGUCGUCCGACGGCUUUGACUCGGGCUCCGGCUCGGGCACGCCUGAUGUCGACGCGGACACCCUCGCGCUCCGCGCCGCCAUGCUCGCCGCCCCGGCCGCCCAGUUCAACGUUCAGACUCGGGCGACCAUCGCGUCAGGCGCCCGCGAGCGCGUCCUGGUCAAGCCGCCGGACGCUCUCGCCUCGGCCAACAUCUACUACUGCAUCCCCAAGCUCUCGCCGCACGCCUUCCUCCGUGUCCAGCUCUCCAACACCACCCAGACGGCGUUCAUCGCCGGCCCGGCCAACGUCUACUUCAACAAUGCCUUUGUCACCGCCACACACCUCGACUCGUUCUCGCCGGGCGAGGUCACCGAGGUCUUUGUCGGAUCCGACCCCGAAGUCCAGGUCCACUACGCCCUCAACACACACAACAAGACGCCGUCGUCCAAGCGUGUCGUCGAAAAGUUCGCCGCCAAGAUCGCCGUCCAGUCACUCAAGAUCAUGCCCGUCCACAUCCGCGUUCGCGACCAGAUCCCGGUCGUCUCGGACACCCGCAUCAAGCUCAAGGUCGAGGCCCCGACCAAGAAGGACGCCAACGCCGUCGUCAACGCCACUACCGGCCUUGUCCAGUGGAACCUCUCCCUCGCCCAGGGCGCCCCGCACGCCCUCAGCCUCGCCUACACUCUGGAGUAUCCCCUUGGUCUGCAGCUUGCCUAACACGCUCCCACCCAGCUGUAGCAAGCAGCGCAUCGAUCGGCUGUACGUGACGUAGACUGGCAGACAAAGACAGUACAUCGAGUAACACAUAGUAUGGAUGUCA